AUGACCGGAUGGCGCAUCGGCAUGGCGGUGGGCAACGCCGACAUGAUCAAGGCGCUGUUUCAGAUCAAGGCCAACCUGGACUCGGCACCGGAGCGGGCCAUUCUGGUCGCGGUGGAACUGAAAGGCCGCGACGAAAUGUGGACGCUGGAGGACACGCUGGGCGAACUGCGGCACCUCACCGAGUCGGCGGGCGCCGAGGUGGUGGGCACCCUCUUCCAGAAAUCCGAGCGGCUGACGCCCACCUACAUCGGCAAGGGCAAGUUGGACGAACUCCGCGAUCUGAUCAAGGAGCUGUCUGCCGACGUCGUGGUCUUUGACGAUGAGCUGACGCCGACCCAGCAGCGCAAUCUCGAGGCUGGCCUCUCUCCCAAGGGUGCUCCCAUGUACGGGGAAAGGGGCGAGAUCAAGGUCAUCGACCGCACUGCCCUGAUCCUGGACGUGUUCGGCCGGCACGCGUCCACCUACGAGGGCAAGCUUCAGGUGGAGCUGGCCCAGCACGAGUACCUCCUGCCGCGGCUGGCCGGUCAGUGGUCGCACCUUGAGCGGCUGGGCGGUGGCAUCGGUACCCGCGGCCCCGGCGAGACCCAGAUCGAGACCGACCGCCGACUGGUGCGUCGCCGUCUGCAGAAGAUCAAGUCGGACCUCGAUGGCGUUCGGCGUCGGCGCACACAGCACAUGGACCGGCGCAAGAAGUCGGCCAUCCCCAUGGCCACGCUGGUGGGCUACACCAACGCCGGCAAGAGCACGAUGUUCAACGCGCUGGUGCAGACCGGCAACAGCGGUGACGCCUCCCUGGCCGCCAACCAGCUUUUCUCCACCCUCGACCCGGUCACCCGCCGCAUCCGCCUGCCCUCGGGUGCCCCGCUGCUGCUGAGCGACACCGUGGGCUUCAUCCAGAAGCUGUCGCCCAAAGUCAUCACCGCCUUCCGCGCCACGCUGGAAGAGCUGGACCGGGCCGACGUCCUGCUGCACGUCAUCGACGUUUCGCACCCCAAGGCGCCGGAGCAGACCGAGGUGGUGGAGCAGACGCUGGACGAGCUGGGUCUGGGCGACCGGCCCCGCUUGCUUGUCAUAAACAAGAUGGACCUGCUGACGGACUCCGCGACAUCCGGCGGGGAGUUGGCACAGGUGCGUGAGCUCUCCCUGGGCGCCGGCUGGGAGAAGGACGCCGCCGAUGGCGUCCUCGUAUCGGCCGAGAAGGGCUGGAACCUGGACCACCUGCUGUCCGAGAUCGAGAACCAGCUGGUCAACAUCGACGGCCCGCUGCUGAUGACCGAGGAGUACGCCGGCGGCUGGCGGUAG